AUGGUGAUCUACAGACUAGAAAACGCAGGUCUGGCCAUGCUUUUUGGACACAUGCUGCACUACGGUAUCAAAAACAUCCCCCCUGGUACACUGACUCUCAUUGCCGGACAGACAGCCCUGUUUAUGGAUCCUGGAUUCUUGCCAAAUGUAGAAGAUGCAUGUAUUAGUUCUUAUUUAAUUCUUUACGCAAAAGACUGGCUGAGAUUCGUACUCAGUCCGUUCUACCACGGCUCCGACAUGCAUCUGUACUACAACAUGCUCAGUCUCUUGUACAAGGGCAGCUGGCUAGAGAAGAAGUUUGGUACCCUGUACUUCCUGUACCUGACUGCCGUGUUCACAACACUCAUUAACGGCAUGUAUCUUUUCCUCGGGGUUAUCCUCACCAAGAUCUUCAACGACGAUGGCUACCUCAAAGCUUGUGCGGUGGGAUUCUCAGGUGUUCUGUUUGCAAUGAAAGUGUUGACAACCCACUAUGCUCCUCGGGGACCACAGAUGCUUAUGGGCAUCACGGUCCCUUCAAAGUACAUAUACUGGGCAGAACUAGUUCUCAUUCAGCUCAUGGUCCCUAAUGCUUCUUUUGUCGGGCACCUGGCGGGAAUACUCAUUGGGUGUGCUUAUAUCUGGGGACCACUGCAGUUUGUCAUGGACAAAUUUGUACAACCACAAGGAAGCUCCGUGGAUCCACCUUCUAGAGUUACGACCCCCAGACAGCAGUCCUCUGGAAAAUCUAGCCAACGCAAAUCAACCACCGCCUUCAACUGCUAG